CCCUCCCCUGCCCUUGGAAGGAGAAAGCGGGCGACGAGCGCUCGCAGCCGGCGGGGCGCAUCCCGCGGCGUGCAGCGCUCGGGCCUGGCGGCUGUCGGACCCGCGGUGCGCCCCGAGGGGUUUCCAAGCUCGGCCCGAUCCUGUCCGCUGCCGUGGUUGCUACCUCGAGGAGCCAGGGAAAGGCUCUUGAACCGUGAGACUCCUUAGUGAGAAGGUGGAGAGGCCGCGGGGCGACUCCUAGAGCAUCUUUCGGCCGGCCGCGCUCGGCUCCUCUUCUGGGCCAGUGCGGCUUCUACUUGAGCUGGUGCGUCCGCAGUCCCGCCAAGUCCAGGCCAGCAGUCACCCAGGUGGGGAGCCAGCCUGAAAGGAACAGCGGAAGGAGUUUCCUGGACUGUGCUGUCGCUCACCGGCUUGCACCAAUCACCACGCAGCUCACUCUUGGGCCCGCCUCUUCGGGGGCGUGUCCCCAGUGAGUGAUAGACGGAGCCGCCCGGCCCAGCUCAGCCCAGCCCACGUUGCUGCUUAGAUUGAAAUGCAGAGCUCAAGCCUCUUUCAUCGGGGCACAGACUUCCUUUUACUCCUUCCUUUUGCACUCUUGCCUCCUCCUCCCGGGAAGAAGCGGAGGCAUCGGCAGCCCGGGGUAGCAACAGGCUGGGCCACUGAGGCCGUGCGAAAAGUUUCCUUCUGGCAGUGCGGAACUGGGGCCGGGUUAGUGUACUGCUCGGAGCAAUGGAGCCAGCCUUCGGGGAGGUGAACCAGCUAGGAGGAGUGUUCGUGAACGGGAGGCCCCUGCCCAACGCCAUCCGGCUUCGCAUCGUGGAACUGGCCCAACUGGGCAUCCGACCGUGUGACAUCAGCCGCCAGCUACGGGUCUCGCACGGCUGCGUCAGCAAGAUCCUGGCACGGUACAACGAAACGGGCUCGAUCUUGCCAGGAGCCAUCGGGGGCAGCAAGCCCCGGGUCACCACCCCCACAGUGGUGAAACACAUCCGGACCUACAAGCAGAGGGACCCUGGCAUCUUCGCCUGGGAGAUCCGGGACCGCCUGCUGGCGGACGGCGUGUGCGACAAAUACAACGUGCCCUCAGUGAGCUCCAUCAGCCGCAUUCUGCGCAACAAGAUCGGCAACUUGGCCCAGCAGGGUCAUUACGACUCAUACAAACAGCACCAGCCGGCGCCGCAGCCAGCGCUGCCCUACAACCACAUCUACUCGUACCCCAGCCCCAUCACGGCGGCGGCCGCCAAGGUGCCCACGCCACCCGGUGUGCCCGCCAUCCCGGGUUCGGUGGCUAUGCCGCGCACCUGGCCCUCGUCGCACUCGGUCACUGACAUCCUGGGGAUUCGCUCCAUCACCGAUCAAGUGAACGACAGCUCCCCCUACCACAGCCCCAAGGUGGAGGAGUGGAGCAGCCUGGGCCGCAACAACUUCCCCGCCGCUGCCCCGCACGCAGUGAACGGGCUGGAGAAGGGAGCCUUGGAGCAGGAAGCCAAGUACGGUCAGGCACCAAAUGGUCUCCCAGCUGUGAGCAGCUUUGUGUCAGCAUCCAGCAUGGCUCCUUACCCUACUCCGGCCCAAGUGUCGCCUUACAUGACCUACAGCGCUGCUCCUUCUGGUUAUGUUGCAGGACAUGGGUGGCAACAUGCCGGUGGCACCCCACUGUCCCCCCACAACUGUGACAUUCCCGCGUCGCUGGCGUUCAAGGGAAUGCAGGCAGCCAGAGAAGGUAGUCAUUCUGUCACGGCUUCCGCGCUCUGAUGGGAAAUUCCGUCUGCCGCAGCUUCACCCAGGUCUCCCCCCUCAACACCCUCCCCCACCGGGUCUCACACCCCACCUCUCCUGCCCUCCAACCCUCCUGCCUCCAAAGCUGGCUUUACAGACUCACAUCCUUUGUGCUGAUGACACUUAAAUAUUUCUUGCCAUGACUUUUCUCUUGCAGAAAAACUGACAUGACUUUAGGAUUUAAAAACAAAAGCAACGUUAAGGAUUGAAUGAGACAUUUGUGUUGCCACACACUGUCUUAACGUAGUGAAGAAAUCUACACCCCUCAAAGGGCUUAAGGAACUUUUAAAACUAGUCUUUGGUAAAACCACAUGUGUAUAUUUAUUCUAAAUCAACCUGAACUUUUGAAACGUGCAAUUGUUGAGAUUUUGCAAAAUCAGUAAAGGAAAAUACGUAUAGAAAAAAGCUAUGCUACACCCUCUAAUCAAAUAUGGUAACCAAGUAAGCCUUAAUUCAUCAUUAGGAAACCAAUCAAUAAUUGACUUGUUUGAGUGAUCCUUUAUUAUUUUUAAGAGAUGACCUGUUUUGUUGAAAAAUAUGUGUAGAACCCAAGCGAUAUCUGAAUUUAGCUCCUCCUGGUGUUUUGACUUGGUUCCAAAUACAAUAAUGUUUAUAUUUUCUAUUAGUUUGUAAAUAUGGACUCUGGAUGGUGCAUUCUUGUCUUCAUUCCAUAAGAUAUCCCUCUCCCCACAAGCCCACCCCCUCUAUAUUUUUUUCUCUCUUUUUUGCAAAGGUGACUUUCUGGCAACGUCUUUGUCUCUGUUUGGUGGUGGGCUGCUCGGGCUCCUGGACCUGGACUUGCCCCCAAAUUUUGUGUGUGCAGUGAAGGCUUCAACAUCUCAUGAAGGACACUUUCUUUCUACAGCAGAGGACACAAAAAACAGAUAAAACAAGCCAGUCUCCCAUUUUGUAUCCUAAUCAAACAACACACAUGCCAAGCAUAUAAAGACAAGAGGGUGAAAAAUAUCUGAACAAGAAAGCUCUAAAGGAAGUCACUUAGAAACUUAAGUUUAAUGUGAAAUGUUUUGCAAAGACACUUAAAAUGAACUUUUUGUUAAGAAAACCACUGUGAAACUAAAUUGUACUGUUAUUGUUGGCUUACCUGUGUGUUCAGCAAUCUCAGCCCAAAAUUGUGUUGUAAUUUAAAGAAAAUGGAAAAUUCUGCUCUAAUGAAUGUAACAAUGGCUUGCUGUGAAGUUUACAUUGUUGUACAGAAGCAUGUUUCACAUGUAGGUAAACUGGUGGUGGUAUUAGAAAUACAAAUGCUAUUUAAUUUUAACAAAUUCCCUUUAUUCAUUUCUGAAAUUACAGGACACAGUUUAACUGAUAAA